CCUGCUUCACCCCAGCCUCGCCUGCUUCCCUCGCCAGGGCCCGGGCCGCCAGGGUCGCCUGCUCUUGUCACCCCGGGCUGGUUGCCGUUUGCUGCCCGUGCCAUCUGCUCUCCACUGCUGCUUCCACUCCUGUGGAUCCGCUUCUCCAGGAGCCCUUCUUUACCGCCUCUCCUGCCUGCCCUUCACCCUGCAAAGAGCCUUUCUCCUCUGCGGCUCUCCUCUGCGCAGGCUUAUUCGUCUUUUGUGCAGCGCCUGACGGUGCCUGGAGCAGCUCCCUUUUUCCAUCUCCACCUCUUUUCUCAUUCCCCUUUUUCCUCUGAGCCCCCUCCCCCAACCCUGUUACCCUCGGCAAUGAGGAGUCCCUUGGAGCGCUGAAACGGAGUAAGAAAAGCUUGCUUGGUGUGCCUGUGUGCGGCUGCUACCUCCUCUCGCGCUCCCCUCCUUUGAGGGGGGCCUAGCCGCCGAGUCGCCUCCUCCUUCUCCAGCAGUUGUAAGCCAGAGUGGUGGCUGUGUUGUGGCAGGCGGCAGGAUGACUGACACCCGACGGAGGGUGAAGGUUUACACGCUAAAUGAAGACCGCCAGUGGGACGAUCGAGGCACAGGGCAUGUGUCCUCUUGCUACGUGGAGAGGCUCAAGGGCAUGUCCCUGCUAGUCAGGGCAGAGAGUGAUGGUUCUCUUCUUCUGGAGUCGAAAAUUAACCCUAACACUGCGUACCAGAAGCAACAGGAUACCUUGAUUGUGUGGUCGGAAGCUGAAAAUUAUGAUUUGGCACUUAGCUUUCAAGAAAAAGCAGGAUGUGAUGAAAUAUGGGAAAAAAUAUGUCAGGUUCAAGGCAAAGACCCCUCUGUCGAUAUUACUCAGGACCUUGUCGAUGAAUCUGAGGAAGAGCGUUUUGAUGAUAUGUCAUCACCAGGUCUAGAAUUGCCAUCCUGUGAAUUAAGCCGGCUAGAAGAAAUUGCAGAACUUGUGGCAUCUUCACUGCCUUCACCAUUACGUCGUGAAAAACUCGCACUAGCACUGGAAAAUGAGGGCUAUAUUAAGAAGCUCUUAGAAAUUUUCCAUGUGUGCGAAGACUUGGAGAACAUUGAAGGACUACACCACUUAUAUGAAAUUAUCAAGGGAAUUUUCCUUUUGAACAGAACUGCACUAUUUGAAGUCAUGUUUUCUGAGGAAUGUAUAAUGGACGUAAUUGGAUGCCUAGAAUAUGAUCCGUCUUUAUCACAGUCACGGAAACACAGGGAAUUUCUGACUAAAACAGCAAAAUUUAAAGAGGUGAUACCUAUAUCUGAUCCAGAGCUGAAGCAAAAAAUACAUCAGACAUACAGAGUACAGUAUAUUCAAGAUAUGGUCCUACCCACUCCCUCAGUUUUUGAGGAGAAUAUGCUAUCAACACUUCAUUCUUUCAUCUUUUUUAAUAAAGUGGAAAUAGUUGGUAUGUUACAGGAAGAUGAAAAAUUUCUGACAGACUUGUUUGCACAGCUAACAGAUGAAGCCACAGAUGAGGAGAAAAGACAGGAAUUGGUAAACUUUCUGAAAGAGUUUUGUGCAUUCUCGCAAACACUGCAACCUCAAAACAGAGAUGCGUUUUUCAAAACCUUGUCAAAUAUGGGCAUACUGCCAGCACUAGAAGUUAUAUUGGGGAUGGAUGAUGCACAAGUACGAAGUGCAGCCACUGAUAUAUUCUCAUAUUUGGUUGAAUACAACCCAUCCAUGGUACGAGAGUUCGUCAUGCAGGAAGCGCAGCAGAAUGAUGAUGAUAUAUUACUCAUCAACCUCAUUAUAGAACACAUGAUUUGUGACACAGAUCCAGAACUUGGAGGGGCAGUGCUACUAAUGGGUUUGCUUCGUACUUUAGUUGAUCCAGAAAAUAUGCUUGCCACUGCCAAUAAAACAGAAAAGACAGAGUUCUUGGGUUUCUUCUACAAACAUUGUAUGCAUGUUCUGACAGCCCCUUUACUGGCCAAUACUACAGAGGACAAGCCUAGCAAAGAUGAUUUUCAGACAGCCCAACUCUUGGCAUUAAUACUGGAAUUGCUAACUUUCUGUGUAGAACAUCAUACUUAUCACAUAAAGAACUACAUCAUAAACAAAGAUAUCCUGCGAAGGGUACUCGUUCUCAUGGCCUCAAAGCACGCUUUCUUGGCAUUGUGUGCCCUUCGUUUCAAAAGAAAGAUAAUUGGGCUAAAGGAUGAAUUCUACAACCGUUACAUAAUGAAAAGUUUUUUAUUUGAACCUGUGGUCAAAGCAUUUCUAAAUAAUGGUUCCCGUUAUAAUCUGAUGAACUCUGCCAUAAUAGAGAUGUUUGAAUUUAUCAGAGUGGAAGAUAUAAAAUCAUUAACGGCUCAUGUAAUUGAAAAUUACUGGAAGGCACUGGAAGAUGUAGACUAUGUGCAGACAUUCAAAGGACUGAAACUCCGAUUUGAGCAACAAAGGGAAAGACAAGAUAAUCCAAAACUUGACAGCAUGCGAUCCAUUUUGAGAAACCAUAGAUACAGAAGGGAUGCAAGAACCCUGGAGGAUGAGGAGGAAAUGUGGUUUAAUACUGAUGAAGAUGAUAUGGAAGAUGGAGAGGCAGUGGUGCCCCCUUCUGACAAAACUAAAAAUGAUGAAGAUAUCAUGGACCCUAUCAGUAAAUUCAUGGAAAGGAAAAAAUUAAAAGAGAGUGAAGAAAAGGAAGUUCUUCUGAAAACGAACCUUUCAGGUCGUCAGAGCCCAAGUUUCAAGCUUUCCUUUACCAGUGGUACAAAGUCUAACCUUACCAGCCAGUCAUCUGCAAGUAAUCUGCCUGGGUCCCCGGGGUCACCUGGAUCUCCAGGGUCCCCUGGGUCUCCAGGAUCAGUUUCUAAAAGCACAUCUCAGAUGGCAGCUAUCACAACUAAGGGAGGCCUUGUCGGGCUUGUAGAUUAUCCUGAUGAUGAUGAAGAGGAUGAUGAAGAUGAAGAUAAAGAGGAAACUUUACCUUUGUCAAAGAAAGCAAAGCUUGAGUCAUCAUAAUGGCAACUGCAGAAGAACAUUACUAGUUGGGGGAAGGAUCUUUUUUCCAAAAACAAAACAAAACCACAGCAAAGCAGCAAUCUUUCAUGAACUACUGUGUGUGACACAGAUCAACCUAUACAAAUGGAUUUCUGCCAAUCAAGUGCCAAUUCAAAGGAGCAGAAGGAGGGGAAAUACUUCAUUAGGGGAAAGACUUAUGCCUUUGAGCUCUCCAGCUUGGACCACACGUUGCCCUUUUCUCAGGGAAGGAAAUGGAAAACAAAACAAAAAAAAAAAGCCAA